AUGAAUAUGGAAAUUUCACUUUUCAGUAUAUUCACGGCUGCGCUACAUUCGAUAACGGCUCUUUACAAGGAUUCAUGCGGAUGGCUUUUAACGCAAUAGAAUUUCUCAAGUUUGACCUGGAAACUGGAAAUUACUCCUCAGAGAUAGAAGGGUACCAGGAAGUAGCAAACCAAUUAAACUCUGACCGGCGACUUAACAAAAUCAUAAUGUACGAGCUGAAGGUGCUUUGUCCAAAGGCGCUUAAUCUGUCCCUGCAUUACGGAAAUCACACCAUCCAUAGAAAAGAAAAGCCAGUUUUGAGAGUGAAAGAUACAAUGGAAGCUAACAGCACCACAGUUCUGCACUGCAGGGCAUAUGGUCAUUACCCAGCGGGCAUCUCCAUGACUUGGGACAGAAAUGGACAGCAAGUCAUUGAAGAAGAGGUGGAGAGGUUGACUCUACCCUUACCUGAUCAGACCUAUGUGUCCUUUCUCUCUGUUAAUGUCACCCCAAUGGCUGGGGACAUUUACACCUGCAAGGUGACCCACAGCAGUCUGCAAACACCACUUACUUUUCAAUGGGAAGUAUCUGGUUUAUCUGAGGAUGAUUCCAGUCAUUACAGAGGUGACAUAUCUAGUGGAGCAGUGAUUGCCAUCUCUCUCGCCGUUGUUCUGUUAGUCUCUGUUACUUUCUUUAGCUUUGUCAUCUGGGAGAGCAACAGAAGAGCCAGAAUGGUUGGAGAGAUUUUUCACAAUGCAUCUGAUGCUUGAAUCGUUAAUUCUUUACAUGAUAAAUGUAAUUUCAUACAAAGGAUGAGCCACGUCAUGGACACUUUUGAUCUACUUUUUUAUUUAAGGGGACACUGUACUCGAAAAUGUCAUCUAUAUGAGCGAACAGCAUCCAGGCUGAUUUUGUUUAUGUUUAUUGCAUGCAACAAGUAAAAUAUUUUUAAAUAAAACGUGACCCUAAUACAGCUGUA